CUUGUCCGUCGUGGCGCGAUUGGAUCUGCAGAGUUUCACACUUCAUUACAGUUUCUCAACACAGGAUGGAUCUCCACGAGGCGCACGUGAAACUGGAACAGUUGGACUUCCGGGGUAUCUCGGUCCUCGUUCAAAACCUGCAGAGAAGCGCAAAUCUGCACUCGAGCAGCAAGGUGCGGGUGGCCAAGCGGUUGAAGCGGUGCUUGCACUUACUUUUGAACGAGGAGCCCUCCGUCCGUGGGGUGCUACUCGCGAGCAGCGUGCGAGAGAGUAAACAAGAAAAUGACCACACCGCGGAGCAGCAGCCGGAGCCGCACGUCGCGACGUCGAGUCCAGUGAAAGAAAAACCGCUCGCACUCGCUGGAGCAGAGUCCCCCGUCGUUUUGGAUCAUGUGCAGCUUCCUGAUAGUACAACAAAUACCAAACACGAACCCGAGCAGGACGAGACGCCGACCAGUGGCGCUUUGCUGCAGCACUUUUCUCCGCCGGGACGGGCGGGAAAGGGAGAGCAGAACUUCGUAGCACCUCCCGGGAUCGUGAAAGUAGUAGAUUCUGCCCCUGCGGUCGACGUGGACCUCCAAAUACCCGUUGUACCACUCUUUUCUUCUUCUACUUCAUCGUCUUCUGAGGGGGUGGCAACCACAGGGGAACACGGAGCCGUGGUACAAAUCAACAUGCCCCCGGCCCCGGCCCCCGCGUUCGUGGGAGUAGAGAAUGACGAAGACGAAGACCAAGAACCCAAAUCGGUUCUGGACGUGUUCGAUCUGUGGGAGCCCAUUCUGAAUUUCGCGGUGGAGUGGCCGCGCGGGUGGGGCAAGCUAUCGUGCGUGUGUCGGAAGUGGCGCAAGUUGCUGAACUCACCGGUCGCCUGGGAGGGCCACCAUGUGCAGCUGGCGAAGCGGGAUAUUGUGGGGAUUUGGCCCCCGAUCUGCCACUUGGCCGCGGUGUGGGCCAGCGCCAAAAGCAUUCGCCUACCGGACCGCCUCGCGGCCGAAAGCGAGGAUAUCCUGUUGCGCGGGUUCGAGCGGAAAGAGGUAGUGCCACUCACGCGCGUGAAAGCCGCGCGCAGAGCCGCAAGAGCGAAGCGCAGAAAACUACAGGAGAAAGAACAACAACUUGCAGCGGCUGCAAUGGGAGAAGCAUCUUCAGCUGUGGCUCUGGCUUCUACUACUGCUGGUGUUGAAGACCGUGCGCCGGGUGCUGCUAUUUUAGGAACCGACGACCAUCCUGAUCCUCCGCAACAGCAACCGUCGAAAAUAAUGACUUCUGUAGAUAUAAUGAUUCGCACCGAAACGUCAGCGUCCAACACUGCUGAGCUGCCCGGCACCACUACAAGGCAGACAAUCACCAGCGGGACGAGUGCGCAAUUGCAGCAUCAACAUGUUGGCCCCGCGCUACUGCCUGGAACAAGCACAACUUCUAGACCUACGCCAGUGCAGCUACCACCUCUCGGGCACUACAAAGAUAAUUUGACGAAUAACGAAAGUAUCUUCCAGUGGGACAGCAGUGUGUAUCUGGAAGAUAACAGUCGACCGCCUUCGCCUAGCAAUCUGCUGCUGCCCGGCGGGGGAAGAAGAGGAGGGCAGCUGUCGCACUUGCUUUUGCAAGAAGAUGACAAAGAUGAACCUCUCUCGGAUGAAAGUGGUGUAACGGGUCCUCGUGCGGGAGAUGAUCGUCAGUACCCCAACGGUGCUCCUGCUGGUGCUGAAAGUAAUCUUUCAAGUAGUUAUCGCGACAACGAGUUAGUGUUCGAGCUCCACGCUCUACGACAGAUUUUUGAACACCGCUUGAACGCGCAGAGUAAUCCGAAGGACCAGACUACUUCUCUAGAAAAAACUGCGUCGCGGCGCCCGCGGAGAAGGAGCUCGCUGUAUUUGGAGGGCGACGUUAUGUCCGACGCAGAGCAAAUGCUGGAAAGAGACGACUUCGCGAGCACCUUUGGGAGCGGGUUGGACACUAGCUUUACGAAGACUCAGUUGAGUUUUCCCAAGCUCCAAGAGGUUUUUGACCACGUAGUGUUGGAUUAUCUGUGCAUCGACGCCUCCACUCUCGCGUACGACACAAGUGGGCUUAUGUCGCUCGAACUUGGAAAUUUAUCCGGACGCGGCUCUUCUACUGUGGCUGGCGGUAGCUUUUUGACAGCAGGGGAUUUUUUGUCACAUAAUGCGCAACAGGAAAGACAGAGAAUCCCCUCCGACCGGCCGCCACUCACUGCGCGAGUGCUAACAGUGCACAGUUGCGAAAUGCAGGCAAUGGACGACGCGGCUGGCACACCACAACAUGGUAGUUCAGCUUCGAGGACACCCGCUCAUACAAAUCAUCUUCAACAACAAGCACCUACUACAAGUUCGACCGGUAAUAUUCUUCUGCACGUCGGCGCGCCGUCUUUGAACACCGGGGAAGGAACGCCAGCAGUGUCUGAGAUGAAACACACUGAACAGCCGGAGCAGCAGACCACGACCUUUUCGAGUCUUUUGUUUCAGAAAAUGAUGGCCGCCUCGGAGCAACCGGACCAGCGCGCGCGACUCCUUCUGCCCAUCGAGCUGCGGAAUCAGCUGCCGCUCCUCACGGGCUCCUGGUACGAUUUUAAGAAUCACGAGCAAAGCGUCGACGUGCCGUCGCCCCGCCGGUGCACGGCGCUGCGGACGCCGGAAAGCUCCAAGGGCUUCGGUGUGCUCGUCGGUGCGCAGUGCCUUCGGCGCCGCCUGCAGGCGGAAGUGCGGUACGGAACAAAUUGGGCAGUAGCUGGUGCAAACGAAGCAGGAGAGGAGGCCGCGCUCGCGUCAUCACACUCGGAUCAUCAAGGGGCCACUACCAAAACUCGGAAAGUAAAACCUUUUCAAGUCGCCUUCGCGGAGUUCCGCCGGUUCCGGUUGUUCCUGGAGCACUGGUCAGACGGGUGCCGCCUGGACAUCGGCGUCACGCAGGUCGCACCCCAGGAGCAAAGGACAAAAAUUCGGUUUGCGGAGGACCUACUCGGCUGCUGGAUCGUGGAAGCCACCGGCUUGCUCGUUGGCUCCCACCCGGGCGUACGGCUGCGCUCGCCCUCGUGGAACGCAGGCUUUCUACGGCAGGGGGACGUGCUCGAGUGCCGGAUCUACAAGGAGUCCGGGGAUCUGGAGCUCUGGGUCAACGGGGUGCGGCGGGGCGUGUGGCAGGCCAAAAUUCGCAAGUCGCCGCAUCUCUACCCGGUGGUGGACCUGUUCGAGCACCAGGGGGAGAGGUUGCGGGUGGUAUUGUUGCAAGAGUGAUGUUGAAUAAGAGUACACUCGGCUGCUCGCAGUUCUAAUUCUGAAAGUAUCCUACAUGCUGACUCCUCGAAAGCUUGCAUAAUGUAGUACGGAAAGAUAUAAUAGCGAUCGAUCUUACUUCGACGACGUUUCAAAUGAAUUGAUGAAAAUUCAAAAUUG